UGUAAGAGGACUCCGCCAAGAAUGCAUCAGCAAAAUGCGGAGGCAACCGGUCAACACGUAAAAUACACUCACCGACGUUUGAAUCUCUAAGUUUUGCACAUGAAGCUUGAGUUGAAGGGCUGAAGGUUAAGCUAAGCCUGCGUUUGAAUCGCUUAUUUGACCCGUUAGUACAUUUGCACUGUGUCCGUCUGUCACUUGUUUCUCUAUAUAGGAAGACAGUAUGGCAGAUAUCGAGUCUUCUUUUGAAUUUAGCUCAUCUUUGACCAGCUCUUCGCUGCCUCCCCCACGGACUCGAAUCUUUAAGAUUAUCGUGAUCGGAGACUCUGGAGUUGGCAAGACUUGCCUCACCUAUAGAUUCUGUGCGGGCAAGUUUCCAGACAAGACUGAGGCCACUAUAGGUGUGGAUUUUCGGGAGAAGGUGAUUGAAAUAGACGGCGAGAAAAUCAAGGUCCAGUUGUGGGACACUGCAGGUCAGGAGCGCUUCCGUAAGAGUAUGGUGCAGCACUACUACCGCAACGUCCACGCUGUGGUGUUUGUCUAUGACGUCACCAAUGCUGCUAGUUUCCGUAGCCUUCCGGCAUGGAUUGAGGAGUGCCGUCAGCAUGCCCUGGGCCAGGAGGUGCCCAGAAUCCUGGUCGGCAACAAAUGCGACCUGCGUCACGCCGCACAAGUGAGCACUGACGUAGCACAGCAGUUUGCCGAUGCACACUCAAUGCCACUGUUCGAGACCUCUGCCAAAAACCCCUACGGAAACGAUGAUGGCAGUCGGAAUAAUAGUGACCACGUAGAGGCCAUUUUUAUGACGGUGGCGCACAAGCUGAAAUCUCAGAAACCGCUGGUGUUAAGCCAGCUACCUUGCGGAUCAGGAGAUACUGUCACUCUCAGGAGGCAGGAUGAGGAGGACAGGGAAAGUUGGGGCUGUGGUUGUUGGAGGAGCUAAUGAAGUACAUGUUUAGGGGAGGAGGAACCUCUUUACAGGACAGAGAUGACAAAGGUGAAGCACUUUUUAGAGAAGCAGAUGUAGAGGUACUUUUGUGUUAUCUGUGAAGCAGAAGUCCAGGAUUACGGACACAGGAAGAUUUAUUCUCAAAUUAUCUGACGUUCAGAAUCUGGCCAUUACUUAGAGGAAACUACCUUAGGAAAAUGUUUUUCCAUCACUCACCAGAGGCUUUGACAAGUUGCAUGUAGGCCAAUGUACCUUACAUAUACACAUUUCAUAUGCCACUGCCAAACACUUUCACUACAUUUACCUACUAGUUUUGUCAGUUCUGCAGGGGAAUUGAAGGGUGAAAUUGUCAUACAAGAUGUUGCCUUUUUAAUCAUAUCUUUGAAACAAUUUUCUCGCCAAAAUUAGAUGAAACCGUUCCGUUAAAUCACUUCAGCCUCCCAAGUGAGAUGCCGAAUCUGGUUUAGUCUGUGUUUGUUGUUUGUUCUCUCAUUCUCUCUCACCCACACACAUGCAGGCGCUUCCUGUGAAAGUUGUGAGUUCUCUCAAAGGGAUAAGACAAAUCUGCAAACACUCACUAAACGCAGAUUAUUUAUUAGAGCUGCUAAUAGGUCUUAGAGAAGCGAGGAAAGAAUAUGAAAAAAAAAAAAGGAAAAUAAAGUAAAUAAAGUAUCCUUGCAUUUCCAAAAAAGUCUUAAAGCCAGUCCUUGUCCACUGCCAGUGUUGUAUUUAUUGCCAGUUUAUUUUCUUCUAGCAGUCAUUUACCUAAAUAAAAUCUACUGGAGCACGUUAUCCAAUCCUUUCUGUGAAUCAGUUCGAAAUUAGAUGUGGUUUAAAAAGGGAUAAGAAUUUACUGACGAUAUUUACAUCAGUGUUUACAGUCAUGUUUGGAAUUUAGUACUGCUUUGUUAGGCAAAAUGAAAGUGAUCUGUACUGUAUAAUCACAGAUUAGUAUGAGUAACUCAUAUUAUUCAUGGCUCUGUGCAUGGCAUUUAUCUGAACAAAAGGUCUGAUAUCAAUCUAUAUUUUAAUGUGUAAUACAAAUAUACAGACUUGCUAAUGGCUAAAUUAUUUGCUAAAUUGUCUUUCCCUUUGGCCCUUUUAUUUCCCACAUUAUUGCAUAUUCCAUUACGGAAUAUUCAUUUAUGUCUUUAAUGCAACAGCACAGCAGGUCCUGUGAAGUGCAUGAAAGAAUCUCAGGCAUGACGGUUUAUUUUUAUUUAUUUUUUUAAUGGGGAAUUGCCAAAAAGUGAUUUUACAUAUGAUUUCCAAUUAAUUAUUUGAAGUGGGAUGGUUAAGGGCCUGAUUAGCUGAUGCGUUUCAUUGUUUGAUUGGGGUACAGUAGCGGAGCAUGUGAUUGGCUGAGGAAUUGUGCAUGGUUAAUGAUGGCCCUGAAAUAUUGAAUGCAUAGUAAAGACUUGUCUAUUUGUGCUUAACGUUUUGAGCUGGUGCUUACAGAAGGAUUAUCUCAUUAAUAUGCCAGAAACCUCAUGAACGUUCCUACUUCUUGUAGGUUCAUGCUGAAUUGAUCUACUCUUUGUCUGGGUUCUCUUGUUUGUUGUCUAUACUGGUUUGUACUAUUUCAAGUGUCACUCAGACUGUAUUUGUUCUGUCCGCAUUAACACGUUAAUAACAGAUAGCAAUGUAAAAUAGAGGCAGAUCUCAAAAGUCCACAGAAUGUUACAAAUUUGUUGAAAAUUACAAAUGCAGCAAAUAUCAAAUGUUACAUUUUUAUUAUUAUAAAGUUAUAAGUUAUGCAUCUUUGAAACCAGUGUAUGAGCCAAUACAUGAUAUCAGGGGUCAACAGUUGAUAAAAUAGCACCUUGCAAUGCAAGAACACAAGCAUGCACAACAUAUCUUUACUAGUCAUUUAUCUGAUACAAUUCAUGUGUUCAGUGUUGGUCAUUGAGUUGAGUGAAAGUAAUAGUUUUGAGGAAAUCAACAAUAUAAAACAUCAAUCUACUAUAUUCAAAGGAGUGCAAAAGAAAUUAUGCUUGAGGUUUUGAUUUUAACAGUUAAUGUUUUACUAAGAAAUAAAGUACAACAUCUUUGAACUUCAGAA